AUGAAAUAAAAGCAAGGAUUCGGAUAAAGCCUAAUGCAAAUGAUGUAAGUUUAUCAUAAAUUAGGACCAACACAGCAUUCCAACUAGAUAAAAUGUGGAGUGAGGAAAUCAAGAUUGAUGAACUGAUGUAUAUAUUUGGUUAGGAAAUACAGAAUGCCGAAGCUUUUAAUUAGAAGAAGGACACUCUCAUUUGGUUCUGUUAUAGAGCGAAUAUUUAGUUUGAGGGCAAGGCGAUAUCAGAUUAAGGAUGGGGAUGUUUAGUGCGAGUCGGUCAGAUGAUGUUAGCAGUAUUAUUCUAUGAAAUCUAAUAGAACGCUCUAAUGAGAGAAUGCAAAAUUCUGGCCAUUAAUAAAACCAAAGCUAUGAUUAUACAUUUAUUCGAUGAUAAUUAAGAAUAUUCUACCAUAGCUCCCUUUUCUAUUCAAUAAAUAAUCAAAAGAGCAUCCAUCAAUCUGAAUAUGAAAAUUGGGGAUUGGUAUACAGGACCUAAAAUUAUGAGUGUUAUUGAAGACCUAAACAAAAAUAACAUGAAUAUUAAACAAAUAAAUAUAGUUAACUUUCUAGAAUAAUGUGUUUUGGAAUCUCAGAUCGAUUUAUCAUUCAAAAAGCCUCAUUUAUUGAUUGUUCAUGCUAUUAUUGGAGAUAAAUCAUUAGGAUAAUUAGAAAUUCAAAAUUUGUAAUCACACAUGCAAAUCUCCCAAUUUGCAGGAGCAAUUAUUGGCAAAAAUAAUAAAGCCUUCUUUCUCAUAGGAUUUCAAAAAAACAAUGCAAUCUUUAUGGACCCUCAUUAUGUAUAGGUAAAAUUGUAUUGUAUCAAAAAUAGGAGAGCAAUAAAAUUGAAAUGGAGUGCAAUCUCAAAUGCCAACCACUUAAAUAAUUGAAUGGCACUAUCGCAUUAGCAUUUUAUAUUUCAAAUUACAUUGAGUACAUAGAAUUUAAAAAAUAAGUGAAUACAUUAUAAGGAUCAAUAUUUAGCAUCAUAGAAGACAUCGGAUACAAGUUUACUUGAUUUUUUAGAAAAUUUUUAGUAUUAUCCAAC